AUGGCGGACGCUGUUCUCGGCUACGUCGUGCAACGGGUCGGCGACCUCCUCAUCGAUGAAGCGGUCUUCCUGUACUCGGUGAAAGAUCAGGUGGAGUGGCUCAAGAGGGAGCUCCGGGCGAUGGAGUGCUUCCUGAAGGAUGCCGACACGAAAAGCAAGGGGGACGAAAGCGUGAAGAACUGGGUGAGGGAUGUGAGGGAAAUCGCUCAUCAGGCGGAGGACCUCGUCGAGUCUUACGUCCUCGAUGCCGAGAGGAAACGACGGCGGAGAAAGAGCUUCAUCCUAACCACUGUGUGUUGCCGCCUUCCACCCCCCAAUGACUUCAUCGUUCUCCAUAAAUUCGGUAACGAGAUUGAGGCCAUAAGGGCCAAAAUCGACGAAAUCAAUGGACGAAGAAGCACCUACGGAAUCGAGAACCUGGGCGGAGAGCCGAGGAGGCAGAUCGACAAGACAGUGCGGGAACGAAGGCGGGUCGUUCUCCAUGCCCCAGACACUGAUCUGGUCGGCAUGGAUGAGGAGAAGGACAAAAUCCUGGGACAUCUGCUCGACGGGAGCAAGAAGAAGCGAUCGAUGAUCUCUAUUGUGGGGAUGGGCGGCCUCGGGAAGCCCACUCUUGCUAAGAGAGUCUUCAACGAAGCAAGAGCCAAGUUCGGUCACUCGGUGUGGAUCGAUGUCUCCCAGCAGUACUCCCCUGAGUCUCUCCUUCGAGACAUUCUUCGGAAGCUCACGGUGACCGGAGUAAAGGAACUCGAGGAAAUGACGAGGGCCCAGUGUGAGGAGAAGCUUUACGAAACCUUGGAGGCGGAGAACUACUUGAUCGUCAUGGAUGACGUGUGGGACACCGAGGUCUGGAAAAUCCUCAGUCGGCAUCUCCCAGACGCCCAGAACGGAAGCCGGGUGCUCAUCACCACCCGCGACAAAAAAGUCGCCCGAGCUGCGGAUCCAUCAACCCCUCCCCUUGAGUUGCGGCCACUUAGCAAGGAGGAGAGCUGGGAGCUCCUCUCCAAGAAGGCGUUCCCGAAUCAGGAGGAUAUCGAAGCAAUCUGCUCAGAAUCGCUGAGGAAUUUGGGGAAAGAAAUCGCGAGGAAAUGCGGGGGCCUGCCUCUGGCUCUGGUGGUGCUCGGCGGUCUGCUGUCCACGAAAGAUCUGUCACUCUGGGCGUGGAAGAGGCUCGCGGAUACACUCGUCUGGGAAAACAUGGAGGAAGGCCGAGUGUGCUUGGAUAUACUGGCGCUGAGCUACGAGGACUUGCCCCGUCGCCUAAAGUGUUGUUUCCUUUAUUUCAGUUCUCUUCCAGAGGACUUCGAGGUUAAUGUCGACAAGCUGAUCGGAUUGUGGAUCGCGGAGGGGUUCGUCGAGCAAAGAGAAGGUGAAACACUGGAAGAAACUGCAGAGGAUUACCUGGAAGAGCUCGUCCAGAGGUGCAUGGUGAUACUUGUGCAAGAUGAUGACCUCUUGAGGAUGAUAGUUGAGGUAAGAUGCCGGAUCCAUGAUCUGCUGCACGAUUUUACCGUUGCAGAGGCCAAGGAGGUGGGCUUCCUCGUCUGUCACCGGAUCCGAGACGACGGAGGCGCCUCCCCACUGGAUUCGUCCGUGCGGCGUCUUUCUCUUCAGGGGAAUAAAGCGUCGUACUGGGACUCGAAGUCCACCCCAAGACUGCGCACCUUGCUGUCCUUCGGAUUCGAUGCCGAAUCUGAUAUGAAGAGAACCUUCCCCCCUUUUCCAGAUCUGAAACUGCUGAGAGUCGUCGAUCUGGAGGGGGCACCAAUCGCUAAACUGCCAGAACAAGUUGGAGACCUGAUCCAUCUUCGAUACUUGGGCUUGAAAAAUACAAGGAUAACGAGUCUUCCGUCUUCAGUGGGGAAACUUCGUCAUCUACAGUGCUUGGACGCAGAGUGGACGGAAAUCAUAACGAUGCCGAGAGGUUUCUGGAAGAUCGAGGCCUUAAGGCAAGUCAUCGUUCCCGACGAAGUGGAGCCGGAGAUGCUGGUGGCAGGCCUAAGCAACUUGCAGGUGCUCAAGGAGGUCCGGGCCGGGAGGUGGAUAGAUAGCUGCCUAGGGAGCCUUACCAGUCUCCGGGAGCUGGAAAUAGAAGAUAUCAAAGACUGUCAUCAUCCCGCGCUGUCAUCUUGGCUGCCGGAGUUGCGACACCUGAAGAAGUUGUGCUUACGAGGCGAGUCAGUCCCAGAGUUUCUAUGGACAACACCAUCCAGCUUUUCUUCCCUUCAAGUCUUAUCGCUGUUAGGGAGAGUGAGGAGGCCACCACAAGAAUCAAGUUCUGGCGGCGACCAGUGGCCCCCCAAUCUCACCCAGCUCAUACUAUGGAAAACCAGUCUGGGUCAAGACUCGAUUGCGGCGCUCGAGAAGCUCCCUGAACUUAAAUAUCUGUAUCUGGGUCCUAGAUCCUACAAAGGAAACGAGAUGAUCUGCUCCCGCGGCGGGUUCCCGAAACUGGAGUCCCUCGUACUUAAUGAACUGGACGAGUUAGAGAGGUGGGUAAUUGAGGCCGGGGCCAUGCCCCACCUGAGGAGAUUGAUGAUCGUCCGCUGCGAGAAGUUGGCGAUGCUUCCGGAAGGGUUGCAACACAUGGCUGCCCUGAAGGAGCUCGUUUUGUGGAAUAUGUCCCCUCAAAUCCAUUCAAGAGCUGAAAAGGAGGGAGAAGACUGGCCCAAAAUCCAACACAUACCUUCAAUCACCAACAAAAAUAGUCUUUGGGAUUAA